AAAAUCAUUAGUUUCUUUAAGCAAAAAAAAGAAAAGAAAACCAUAGCCUCCUCUCUCUCUCUCUCUCAUCAUCUCUCUCAUCAGACAAUCUUCCAUAGAAAAAGAAGCCCUCAGCUUCUUACUCAGUUCCAUUUGCCUUCUCCUAUUUCAAGUAAAAGGUGUCUCACAACUUUCCCUCACCAUCUCCUACUCUCCUCCUUUUUGGCUAAAAUCCCCAUUCAUUCAAAACCCCAUUUCCCCAAAAUCCUAAAAAAAAAUUAAAAAAAAAAAAUUGAGGAAAAAUAAUCCAUCUCUCUCUGUCUCUUCAUCUCCAUCUCCACCACAAAUUUAGAAAUUCAAUUUGAAUGAUAACCUAAAUGAGCCGGCAAUCCAAAUCCCCAAUGCUCAAAUUCCUGAUUCUCAUCUUCCUCUUCCUCCUCGACCGCUCCCUCGCCGGUCUCCUCUCCGAACCGGCCCAGCCGCUCAAACCGGGCGACUCCAACACGGUCCCGGCCUUCCCGGUCCAGACCGCGACCCAGCCCUGCCGCCUCGACCUCUCCGCCGAGCUCUUCGGCGGCGUCCGCGCCGCCUGCGGCCGCAACCUCGACCGCGGCCGCUGCUGCCCCGUCCUCGCCGCCUGGCUCUUCGCCGCCCACGCCCGCUCCGCCCUGCAGGUCCCCGCCGCCGCGCCGCCGGCCUCCUCCGAGCUCCCGAUGAUGCCCGACGACUCGCAGAAGUGCGUCGACACGCUGCAGGCCUCGCUGGCCGGGCGCAACAUACACCUGCCGCAGCCGAACGCCUCGUGCGACGCCGUUUUGUGCUUCUGCGGGAUCCGCCUCCACCAGAUCACGUCGCUCACCUGCCCUGCCGCGUUCAACCUCACCGGAAAUCACCUCAACGCCACCCCCACCGCCGCCGUCAGGAAUCUCGAGCGCAACUGCAGGAAUUCGUCCUACGCUGGCUGCACCAAAUGCCUCGGCGCUCUCGAAAAGCUGACGGUGGGGGGCAAAAACGUAACAAAAGGAGGCGGAGGCGGCGGCGACAGCGACCGCGCGAGCAAGAUGCUGAGCAGGGACUGCCGGCUGAUGGGGCUGACGUGGCUGCUGGCCCGCAACAAGACGGCGUACAUUCCCACGGUGUCCGCUGUAUUGCGCGCCAUCAUGUACAGUGCGCACCCCCCGCGCGAGUCCACCUGCUCCCCGGACCAGGAGAACAUGCCCCUCGCCGUCGACUCUCUGCAGUUCGACAAAUACGAUUCCUCCGGCGCCGCCGCGCUGCUUCCGAUUCUGCCGCCCCUAAUCAUUCUUCCGUUUCUUUUGCUGUAGCAUUGGUGGGGGGUAUUUUUGUCAUUUCAUUAUUGCCUGUACACACCUGAUCUCUUUCUCUGUGAAAUGCUGGCUGUGAUUGGGGGGGUGGGUUCACGUGAAGCAAGUUGACAAAAUGGGGCGUGGGGUCAUUUUUGUCAUUUUGUCGCACUGUAAAUUUUCAGACAUCUGGUGAUCUUGAUAUGUAGUGGUACGAGAAGGUCUUACUUUUACAGUUUUACCAUAUAUAAACUCUAUUAUCCACGUAAUUAUAUUUGUAUUUAGGGUAUUAUUUAAA